AUGUAGUAAAUAGAGGAUCAAUACGUGCCAAACGAUGAAGAAUAUGAGCAAAAGGAUUAAACAACCAAUACUCGUUUUGGUAAGUUUGUGAAAGAGCAAUGGGAGAAAAUAGAAAAGAAGAAUUUUAGCUAAUUUGAGACAAGAGUAUUGUCAACUCUUCAAAUAUUGGGUAAUAAAAGUGCAGAGGAUUUGAUUGAAAAAUAAGUGGUUGCAGAAGUUGUAUAGAAAGAUAAUAGCAAGUAAAAGGGUGGUAAGCAAAAGAAACCAGAAUAAACACAACCAUAAUAAGAAGUUUAGAAAUCUAAUGUCAUAUAUGAAAUAUGUGUGGGUUAAGAACUUUAUUUAAAGUAUUUGAGACCUAAAUUGGUGGAGUAUGGUAUAUUGAGUAAGAUUGAUGAUGGCAAUCCUAAAUAGGAAGAUAAGAAGUAAGCAUAAGGUAAAAAGGGUGGUAAGAAUACAGUAAAGAAAGAAGAUUUAAUGCGUAUUGAAUUAUCAAAAGAUAAAGUUAAUGAUUAAACCAUGAAAAUGUUGUAAUAGAUGGGAUUGAUCAUUUUAAAUUAGGAAUUAAAACCUAAAGAAAAUGAAUUUCUUAAAACUGAAUAAGCAAGUAAACGUAUCAAAUCCUUGAAAUGGAUGGAACUCAAAUUCUCAGCUUUGAUGAUAUAUGCAACUUAAUUAAUUAAAUGUCAUAUCCAUUCCAAAUUUAGAGAUGAGUAUGCAUUUGAAUUGAUCUAUUUUCUAAAGAAUGUCUAUUUAAAUUAUAAAGAAUAUGAAGGUUAAUCUUAUUUGGAUGAAACAAAAAAAGAAAGAUUAGCACCUUAAGCUAUUGAAGAUCUCAGAUAUAAACUUAAAGAACUAUAUAAAAACUUUGGUUUUUCAAAUAGAGUCUUAUUUAAUAAAUAUCCAAAAUUGGUUAUUGAUACAGAUUUAAAUCAAGCAUUCAUUAGAACAGAUGUUCGUCCAUAUAAAUCAUAGGAAAACCUCUUAGAAAUUUUGAAGAAAAUAGAAUAGCCUUCAUUAAUCUUCUUUAGCACUAUGGUUGGUACAGGUAAGACUGUUUUGAGUGUUGCAAUUGCUUAAUACUUGGCACGUUUGAGAGAAAGUUACGCAACCUAAGAAAACAAUGCCUAUAAUUAAUUAAAGAAUAUUGGUUAUAGGAAUCCUAGAGAAGUCUAGUUUUUGUAUUGUUGUCCUUUGGAUACAGUAAGAACUUAAGUUGGUGCUGCUGCAUAUGAGAGGAAAUUGAAAUUUGCUAUUGCAUCAAUGUGGAAGGAUUCUUAGAGUUCUAAAUUGGAUUCUGAUUUGGGAUAUGCAGAAUGUCCAAGAUUAGUCAAUUCUUGGUAAAAUAGAUAGGAAGAAUUUCCAACUUUGGUAGUGGCUGACUUCAAAACUACUUUAGAAUUAUUGAAAGAAAGACACACAUUAUCAGAAAAGGAAAAAUAAGUAGUUAGAUGGUAAGGUAAGGAUCGUAAAUUGGUUUCAAAUAAUCCAGCUAAACAUGGAAAAGAUUAUAUACUAUUUAUUGAUGAACCUACAGUUGAUGCAGAUUUUGCAGAUGCAGAAGUGACUAAAAUAUUGAUAGACAUUAUACGUAGAGCUCCACCUAUUACAAUAUUAUCUAGUGCUACUUUACCACCACCUGAGAAAAUACCAAAUUUCAUCAAAUUAUACAGAAAGGCUUAAGUUGCUGAUAUUGAUAUUCCAGUAGUUCAUGAUUCUCAAUUCCAUAUUGGUUGUUAGGUCUUUUCUCAUAGUGGUCAUAAAUUCUUACCACAUUAUUAGGCAUAGAAUAAACAAUAAUUAGCUGAAAUUUUGGAUAGAUUGGAAAAGAAUCCAUUUAUGAAGAGAUGUUAUAAUGCAAAUGCUUAUUGUGAAUUGUAUGAUAGAAUGAAAUCAUGUGGAAUUGUUAAUAUUGAAGACUUUGAAACAUUUGAUAUUAUUACACAAGAAUUUGUAUAAAGAAAAAGCAUUGAAUUAUUAAAGAUAUUAUUAACAGUUGAUGAUGAGAUAUUUAAAAAGGUUUGUUCAGAAAAAUAGGAUGUUGUAUAAUAAUAAUAAUAAUAAGAUAUUGAUGAAUAAUAAUAAGGUGAAGGAGAAGAAUAAUAAUAAGAAGGGGAGGAAGGAGAAUAUGAGUAUGAAUAUGAAUAUGUAUAUGAGGAAGUUGAAGAUACAGGUGCAAAUAAUUAGACAGAAGACAAUACAUAAUUAUAAUAAUAAUAGUAAUAAAAACCAAAAUCUAAAUAUAUUUAUACAAUUGAAAUUGAUGAUGAAGAUAAAAUGAAAUUUACUGCACCAUAUCAUAAAUUAGAUAUUAGAUAAUUAGGUGGAAAUAUGGCUCAUAAAUUCUUAGGGGGUUGUUUAAUUGCUGUAAAUAAACCAGUAGAAUUUAUUAGAGCUAAAUUCCAUAAAUUACUAAAGAAAUGUGCUCCUGCUUCAGAAUAUGUGAAAUAAUAUUUAAAAUAACAUGAAUAUUUAGAGAAAGAAAUAUAAAAGAAGGAAAGGGAAAUAGAUAAUGAAGAUGAGAGAUCCAAAUAAAUUCAAGCAUUAUAAGAAAGCAUGAAAUUGACUAUUGCAUUUCCUGAUUUCUUAAAAAUAAAUACAUUGGAACAUUACAAAGUAAAUAGUUAAAAUUUAUAUUUAGAAAUUUGUUACUAAUGACCCUCUGUAUCUAGAAUAAUAUAGAGCCAGAAAAGCAUUCUCAUUAGAAGGAAUUAAUUAUUAACUUAAUAUUCCUGAUGACAUUAUGUUGUAUCUCUUCUCUGGUAUUGCAGCCUAUACAGAAAAGGUAUAUAUUAAUUUUUAUUUAGUAAUCUGAAUUGGAUAUUGAUUAUUAUGAAGAAGUCUAAAAGUUGGCAUCAAAUGGUUAAUUAGCUUUAAUUAUUUCUGAUGAUUCUAUGUGUUAUGGUGUCAAUUAUCCAUUGAAUCAUGUUAUUGUCUUUGAUGAAAUGGCUGAAAAGCGAUCUAUUGGAGCAUUAUUUUAAUUAAUAGGAAGAGCUGGUAUUUAUAGUGAAUUUAUACUUAAAUAGGUCGUGUUGGUGUUUCAUGGACAGCUAAUGCAUAUUUGGGUGAUAAGACAUUUGACAGAUUGAUUAAAUAUUUAAAUGGUUAGAAUGAAGAGACUGAAAAGGAUGAAGCUUAUAAUAUUGAAUAGUAAAGUAAGAGAAUGAUUUAACAUUUGAUUGAAUUGGCAAAAAAGAAAAAGGAAUAGUAAUCGUAAUGAAC